AUGAGUGACCGUGGAACGUCAUUCCAACCUUUGACAUACUACCCUUCUGAGACCCCUGCAAUCUUCUUACCUGAUGAGAUAGAUCUUUCGGAGACUAUUUUAUCAAACUACCGCGAUUCAUUUUCAAGUAGUAGUACGAGGUCAAAGAGACCGAGUAUAUUACCCAAACGCGACAGCUUACCACCUCCUCCGAGACAUAAAUCAGCUUCUUCGUCCAGGAGGACUUCCGCCCAAUCCAGUCCUGUCACCUACUCCCGCACUGAUGGAGAAGGUGGUAUUGACUUCACCAAAGACCCAUUUGAGAAUGCUUUUCAUAAGGCGGAAUGGGAUAUACAGGAUGGGAUGAGACCCACACACAAGGAUGUAGCACAUGAAGGUCCAUUUGAGAUAUUGCAGAAAGAUGAAUUGAAUCGGAUUAAGACUGUAUCCAUCUUAGAAGGGAGACUUAAACCCUCAGAUAGAGAUAUCAACAGGAAUAGUAAUGGAUUGAAAUUGGAACUUUGGGAUAAAAAUGAUCAAAAGUUUUUUGAUAAUAUGGAGGCAGGUGAAUGGAAUGUAAAAGAUCGAAAACCAGUGAAAACACCCAAAACACCUAAAAAGUUCAUUCAAGAUCAUUUCACCUUAAAGACUCCCAGAAUGCCGGUACCUUUCACAGCUAAAUCUUUACCUAUACCUGUACCUAUACCUCCACAUAUCAACUUGCCUACUCCAAUCAUGCCUAUCAUUCACUUGUUGUUGGUCAUUAGUCAUUUGGUUUUGAGUGCGCUGUUACCGUAUUUGCUAUUUAAGAAUUUCAUUCAGCCUUUAGUAUUGUGGAUCGUCACCACCGUCACGGUCGUCCUGCAAUGCGUUUAUCUACUUCCUGGAAUCUUCUUGGAGCUUAUUGGUAUACUGAGACGUCGUCCUGUUGACUCGGCCUGGCUUCAGUCGGGACUGCAUUUAAUAAUAAUGAUAUUAUCGCUCGCGCCGCAUGCAGCCGCCGUAUUCCUACUGAUCAUCGCCAAUCAAGUACCUGAAUGUCCCUCUGCAUUGAUAUACAAACCGCCUAACUUACCAAACUUUGAAUCACACUUACGUUGGUCAGCAUGCGAACAGUUACCAAAAGUCACUAUGAUCGCUAUGGUCAACCUUGUCGUUGUAACAUGCGAAAUCAUCACAACUAGCAUAGCUGUAGCUGUAGAUUACCGUAUACAGAGGAAGGAGGAGAAGCUUCGUUCGAUCGAUAUGAGUGAGGAUGAAAGAGCUAUAAAGAAAAGGAGGAGAAGAACAUGGUGGAAAGAGAAAGAUGAACCGAUGAAAGUCAGAAGGAGGAGAUGGACCACAGGAGUUGGGAGAUUGUUAUGGGAUAUCGAGGGGUGGGUACAUAGAAGGCAAGCUCAGAGGGAAGAGCAGAAAUCGGUGUAA